AUGUUGGGCCGAUUCCCAGACCCAUGGUGGAAUCUAUGGCGGGAACGACAAGUGUGGUUUGACGAAACAGGCGUACCAAAGCCGGAAGCGGAUCAGAGAAGGGAAGGUGUGCUACUGCCUGCGGUGAAGAGCUCACUUCGACACAGAUUGCGCGCUAUUGGAGAACAAGACGACUCUGGCGCAGACGGAGGGCGGAUGUUUGAGAAGUCGGGUUUGCGGCUGCAAGAUGCCGAGGUCGAGCUCUUUGCUGAUCUGUUAGAGAAGAUGAUGAAGUAUCGCCCUGAGGAUAGAAUCUCCAUCCACGAAGUCGUCCAGCAUCCUCAGCCCUUGACAGAAAACCUCAAAUACGUGUUGCUCCUCGCGAACAUCGUGGCAGACUCGCGGUACAAUCUCAUGGAGAACUUUGUCGACAAGAUGGCCGGUGUCUCGAGGACCACUUCACCGCUGCCUGCUAGGAACGCCACGUUCGAGUUAGUCGUGUACGCGAGCACGCUCUCUGUGCUGGCUGGCUCUCAAUCGUAUGGAGGAAAGGUACCUAUGUCGUCUUAG